GAAGGGAGGGAGGAGCGGGAAAUACACUCAGAGUGCUAAAAGAUAUGCCGCUCAUGGGUUUAUCUCUCUCUUUUUCUUUUCUGCAAUAUGAUCUCACCUUCAAACCACUCUCAAGAGUUGUAUGAAAAUCCUUUUGCUUCUGCUCAGGAUAGUCAAAGUGCACUUAUAGAACCUGACAUUGACUUGACAGGGCAAUCUACACAAGAACAGGAACCACCUGCUGUGUUGCCCACAAGUCAACCAACAGAGAUACCAACACAAAGCAAUACAUCCAAUGUUUAUUCUGGCCAAGAUACGCUGGAUGAGCCAGUAACAACUACUAUUAUGCGUGACCUGAAAAAAGUAGGUAAUAAGCUACUUCAAGUCUUGCAGCCUAAUGGGGAUCGUCGUGUCUUGAAAGACUGGGAUCUCUGGGGCCCUCUUUUGUUAUGUUUAACAUUGGCCAUUGUAUUGAGUGUAAGAGCACCAGAUAAUCAAGCAGUACCUAUUUUCACUGGUAUUUUCGUGAUUGUGUGGGCUGGUGCUGCUAUUGUUACUAUCAAUGCCAAAUUAUUAGGUGGUGCUGUCAGUUUCUUCCAGUCUGUUUGUGUCAUUGGUUACUGCCUAUUUCCAAUUGUUGUCUCUGCUAUUGUGGCUACAUUUGUAUCACUGAUUUGGGUUCGAUUACCUAUCAGUAUUGUAUCUUUUGCAUGGGCGACUUAUGCUUCUGUUGGUUUUUUAUCAGAAUCACAAAUACAUUUGCAGAAUCGCCGUGCAUUAGCUGUAUUUCCUCUCUUUUUGUUUUAUUUUAUCAUUACAUGGCUUGUAUUAACAUCUUAGAAAAAAAUAUUUAUUAGAUUAAACUCUACACAGCAUA